ACAAAAAGAGAAGUAAUGGGAGAAGAGAAAAAGGGAAAUGGAUUGAAAUCUGUUGGCCAUGUCAUUGACACUAACAAAUACCUACAAACGCAACAUUCCUCUCCGUGGUUUAUAAUAAUUUCUUGUAUGUUGAUUUAACCUCUUUUAUUUAUUUAUUUAUUUAUGGUUACUGCUUUGUUUCAACGAGGGUUUUUCUUCCUCUCGGAACUCAGAAGGCAGAUCUAGGGUCAAUCCUUUCUCCCCCUUUGGCUAGCCGUUUUCUCCUAUUUCCCGCCGCUUUUCCACGAACGUUAUCUCGUCGGACUUCCGUUCACUUGCUGUUAGUUACAUCAUUUUUUUCGGCUUUUGUUUCUCCGGGUUUUCUUCUUGUUCUUGUUCUUUUUUUUGUUGGUCUGGGUCAAAAAUGUCUGUUGCCGAAGCGGAGACAGAGAUGGGACAGGAGGAGGAGAAGGUUGUAAAGGGUGGAGAGCUGUUGUUUUGCGGCGGAACUAAUUGGGAUACCAUUGGCCGUAAAGGAACUCCAGCUGAUGGGAACUUGGUUUCACCCACUCGCUUGCGGCCUCUUGUUGGUGUCGACAUUCGUUUUGUUGCUUCGGGUUGCACGUCUUGUCACUGUGUGGCUUUGGAUGUUGAAGGUCGUUGCUACACUUGGGGCCGAAAUGAGAAGGGGCAGUUGGGACAUGGAGAUACGCUUCAGCGUGAUCGACCAACAGUUGUGUCUGACCUAUCGAAAUAUAAAAUCAUCAAAGCAGGAGCAGGAAGGAGCCAUACAGUGGUAGUAACUGAAGAUGGAAGUUCCUUCUCUUUUGGCUGGAAUAAACAUGGACAGUUGGGUUCAGGUUCAAUAAGGAAUGAAAUUGAGCUAUCUCCUGUCCGCUGUCUGGUGUCUGAAGUUACAAAUGCUGUUUGUGGUGCUGACUUUACUGUGUGGCUAUCUUCUAUCCAAGGAUCUUCUAUACUAACUGCAGGUCUUCCACAGUAUGGCCAACUUGGACAUGGGACGGAUAAUGAGUACAAUGCCAAAGAAAGCUCAGUAAGACUUGCAUAUGAACCUCAGCCUCGACCAAGAGCUAUUGCUUCUCUUGCAGGAGAAACCAUUGUCAAAGUUUCAUGUGGAACAAACCAUACAGUUGCUGUGGAUUCAAAAGGAUUUGUGUAUACAUGGGGAUUUGGUGGCUAUGGAAGGCUUGGGCAUAGAGAACAGAAGGAUGAAUGGGUUCCUCGUCGUGUUGAAGUCUUUCAAAGGCAGAAUGUUCUCCCUCCUGAUGCAGUGGUUUCAGCUGGUUCUGUUAGUUCUGCAUGCACAGCUGGUGGAGGGCAAUUGUAUAUGUGGGGCAAGAUAAAGAACACUGGUGAUGACUGGAUGUACCCAAAGCCUGUUAUGGAUUUAAGUGGAUGGCAUCUAAGGUGCAUGGAUUCAGGCUCCAUGCACCAUUUAUGUGGAGCUGAUGAAUCAUGUAUAAGUUGGGGUCAUGCUCAAUAUGGAGAGCUUGGAUAUGGUCCCAUGGGGCCAAAAUCUUCUGCCAUACCCAAAAAGGUUGACAUCCUGGAGGGUAUGCAUGUCCUUGGUGUUGCAUGUGGUUUGGGCCAUUCUAUGGUUAUUGUUGCUAGAGCCAAUGUUGGUGAAAGGCUUGAAGAGCUAAAUGUUUAUGAUGGAAAAACUUCUGCUGAAGGGAGUGCUGAACCCAAGAACACAAGUCCGGCAUCCAAGAGAAAUAUUAAAAAAGGUGGCACCAAAGCUUCUGGCAACUCCAAUAAAAGGAAGAAGUCCAAGGAUUCUUCAGAUUCUGAAGAAGAGAAUAAUAUUGACGAUGACAGCAAUGGUAGUGGGGAGGAUGCUAAUGGCCAAACAGAAAGAGGGGGGCGGGGUGGUAAUACUUCUGGUAGAGGACGUGGUAGGGGGAAGAAAGGCACUGGGAGUGGGCGGGGGCGGCCUCCUGCUGAUGAGAAGAAGAGUUCUAGGCAUGUUCGAGGGAGGGGAAAAUCGGGGAAAAGAGGGAGGUCUACCUAGUGAAGAGACUCCUUCCUUCGGCCACCCAGAAUUUUGUUUUCUCAAUGCACAGAAAUUUCAUUAUUUUCCCCAUUGGCAGGUAUCUGAUUUUGGGUUUCCUUUUCCAUACUUUAUAAAUUCAUUGUGUUCAAACACCGACAAUUUUAUUUCACAAAAAUUUGGGGCUUCACUCCCUUGGUGGGGGAGUGGAAGAUGGAGCAAAAGCUCUCAUCGGCUUUGUAUUUUUAACUAUUUACUUGUUUUUCAAUCACAAGGCUAUAGUUUUAUCAUGCUUUCA